ACAGAGAUGAAACUGCUCCUGGUGUACUUGCUUGCUGUGACUGCGGCUGUGGCUAUGGCCCAGGGUCUGGUAUGUCCCAAGAAUUUUUGUGCUAGCCAGACGUGCAACGCUUCCGUAACAACGGAAAAUUGCGCUGCCCGAAGAAAAGUUUACAAAGCCAAUGCCACCUAUUGCAGAUGCUGCGCUGCAUGUCUCACUCCAGUCAGCAAAGGAGGAAUCUGUUAUUCCGUGGCUUUGACAGGUACGCCACCUAUAGCAGAAUGCGAAACAGGAACUUCAUGCAUUCUCAAUACGAGUGACAACAGCUAUACGUGUCAGUGAAACUAUCAUCACUCGACGGAAGGACCAAUCACUCGACUUACUGCGCAGGUGAUAUGCACUGAACCCGAGUCGGAACCGAAUCCAUAUGAUUUCCCUCCGUGAGUGACGCUGGCGGCUUUUCAAUGCUGUAUCAGUGAAAUAUGAAAUAUAUAAAAUAUGAUGAAAAUA